AUGGAGGAGCACAUCACGGAUUCUGCACGGCUGUUCAGCGUUGAGGGGUUGGUGGCCGUGGUGACGGGAGGCGGUACAGGCAUCGGGUUGAUGAUCGCCACUGCGCUGGAGAACAAUGGUGCCGUCGUGUACAUCGUAGGGCGGAGGAUGGAGGUGCUCGAAGCAGCGAUCAAGUCGCAUAGCCGCCGACGAAACAUGAUCCCAAUCCAGGGUGAUGUCACAGAUCGCGACUCUCUGCGUGCCAUUGCAGAUUCCGUCAAGGCACGGCACGGCUACAUUAACCUACUCGUGAACAACGCAGGCGUGAUGGUAAGCCGCCAGCCGAAGCUCCCGAAGCCCGGCGAGGCGAGCAUCACAGAGUACCAGGAGCUCCUAUGGAACUACGAGACGGAUGAGACGUUCGCAAAGACGUUCCAGGUGAACGUCGCCAGCGUCUGGUUCUGCACCGUGGCGUUCCUCGAGCUCCUGCACAAGGGCAACGAGCGCAGCGUGGCAUCGGGCAUCACAAGUCAGGUCAUAACGAUCUCGAGCCUUGCAGCGUUGCGGAAGGAUUCGGAUCUGUUCAGCUUGUCGUAUGGGCUUAGCAAGGCAGCGGUGACGCACCUGGGUAAGACGAUGGCGCACUACUUCAAGGACUGGCAGAUCCGGAGCAAUAUCAUUUGCCCGGGCAUAUUUCCCUCAGAAAUGAGCGCAAGUGUUGCGGACGAAGAGAGGCUCAAGUCGACUAUACCCCUGCAACGGGUCGGGGGCAUAGAUGAUAUGGGAGGUCUCGUGCUCUAUCUGGCUAGCAAGGCUGGAUCAUACAUCGAUGGCGGCGUUCACCUCAUUGAUGGAGGUCGACUACUUUUGAUGCCUUCUGUAUUCUAG